UGCAUAUAGCCACUCAUACUGAUGAUACUGAUAUUCUUUCUAUGCAGGCAGCAUCAUCUUCGGAUAGCUUAGCUCACUGGAGUAAACAUUCUGUUACACCUGAUGCAAAUUCUGGUAUCCUCAAUGAUCCUAAAGGUCGCAUAGCAAUCCCUCAAGCUUCUUCUGUGUUACUCGUCCGACAGUUCCAUGGCUAUGGACAUGUCGGACGAAGAGGGGUAUUGGCUAUGCUAAAUUAA